AUGGCUUCUCCUCACGCGUCCGUCAAUCGAUUUCUUGAGGGUAUCAAUACCGCAAAUCUCGAAGUCAUGUUGAGUGCUUUUUCAUCGGAUGCUGAGGUCAUCGAUGAUGGGAAGAGUUUCACUGGUGAUGCGAUAACGGCCUUGUGCAACCACGGCAUCAUAGGCCAUCAGGGGCGAGUCAAAGUCCUGGAUCAAGCCGUCCACGAUGACGGCAAGACGCACACCCACGUCAUGAUGGACGGAGACUUUGGUAAGGAAUUUGGGAUUCACGAACCCUUCGACUUGUUCCUUCUCGCCACGGUCAAGAAUGACAAGAUAACACACCUCAACAUGGGCGAUGUCGAUCCCAAGAAGCCAACCGUGCGGGCGGUCUAUGCGUCUGUGGCUAGCCCGCAGGACCCAUUGUCCUCAAUCCGGAUCGGCCAAAGGAAUAUCCCAGAGCCAAAGGAAGGAUGGGUCCGAGUGAAGAUGCAGGCUGUGGGUUUAAACUUCCACGACAUCUUCACCUUGCGAGGUAUGCUGAUGCAUGAGAUCCGCUAUCCAAUGAUUCUGGGCAAUGAAGGUGCAGGGAUACUUGAGGAUGGGACGGAGAUUGCCAUCUAUCCAACCAUGGGGGAUCCCGACUGGAAAGGAAAUGAGACGAUCGACCCAAAAAGACACGUAUUCGGCGAACUUGUCCAAGGGAAUCUGGCCGAAUACGCCAUGAUUCCCAAAAGAAAUGCCGUGCCCAGGCCCAAGGGGCUGGAUGCGAGAUCAGCAAGCGUGAUGGGAAUUGCCUGGUUGACAGCCUACCGAAUGAUGUUCACGCAGGCAAAUCUUAGAGCCGGCCAAACUGUUCUGGUACAAGGAUCAUCUGGCGGGGUCACGACAGCGCUCAUUCAGAUGGGCUCUGCUGCUGGUUUCCGCGUAUGGGCGACAGGCCGGACGAAAGCGAAACGCGACCUCGCAAGCUCGCUUGGCGCAGAAGGUACUUUCGAGCCCGGCGCGAAGCUACCAUAUCUCGUGGAUGCUGUGUUCGACACGUCAGGAGCAUCGACAAUGUCCCACUCUUUGGCCUCAGUGAAACCAGGCGGCACGGUAGUGUCAUGCGGAAUUCACUCGGAGGGCGCCUCGACAAACAUCACCAUAAACUUGAUGCAUCUCUUGGUAAACCAGAUUACCCUGACAGGGGUUUAUACGGGCACGCGUGAGGAAUUCAUCAACUUGCUGGAUUUCGUGACCACUACCGGCAUCAAACCGUAUAUUGGCAAAGUGCUGCCUUUGGAGAAUGCUGACGAGGGGCUGAAGGACAUUUGGGAGGGCAAAACGAACGGGAAAAUUGUAAUUGAGAUGUGA